GCACCAAGACCUUGCCAUCAUAAAUACCCCUCCACCCCUUCCCACCGCUGCUCUCACAACCAUAAUAGCCUCCCUACAAAUAGCCUCCAAGAAACCAAGGCCAACAGCUCACAACACAACUUAGCAAUGGCAGCAAUGGAGAUAGAGUCAGUCAAGUGUGAGUGCUGUGGCCUGAGGGAGGACUGCACCCAGGACUACAUUGCCAGUGUAAGAGCAAGCUUCUAUGGCCAAUGGCUGUGUGGGCUGUGCUGCGAGGCUGUGAGGGAUGAGGCGGGCAGGAAGAAGGCUCAUCCAGGGGUGGAGGAGGCUGUCAGGGCGCACAUGGCGUUCUGCAGGAUGCUCAGGUCCAACCCUGCCGUCAGGGUGGCCGACGGUAUGCGCCAGAUGCUCCGGAGGCGGUCCGGCGACAUGUCGAAGCCGGACACCUCCAAGAAGUACAGCACCGUGCAGGUUGUAGAUGAAUCAUCAGUGUCACUGUAUUGAAGAGUUCAUCUUAUAUGGCUUGUAGACUGUCUAGUCUCUUCUCAGGAUUAGAUCUCCCCCUUCCUACAGUAAGUUCUUGCUGUAUGUUCCUAUCAUGAGAAGAAUUGGAAUGUACAUAAGAUUUCAUGAGAAUAGAUUCUACUAGUAGUGAUUGUAUUUGAAAUGGAAUUACCCUUCUUUUUGGUCAGAAAACAAUCAUGAGUUGAUAAGAUAUAUACAUAAGCAAAAUAGUUCGUCUCUAUCU